AUGAAAGUCGCAAUUUACCUAUCCAUCGUUGUCGCCGCUUCGGCUGCUGUUCAGAGGUUGAGCCGUGCCACCAACGAAAUCAGUGUUGAAAGCAUCUGCGGAGAACUCGGCGUAAUGAGAUUCAACGCCAACGAGCUCCCUGACCAUGUCUCUCCCAACGACGUCCGUAUGUGUGCCAAGCACCCCAGCGGCCGCAACCGCACUCUCGACCUUUCGGAGGGCGCUUGUUACUUUAAGGCGCCUUACGGCUGUAGUAGAGGUUGGUGUUGGAAGGCUUGCGAUGAAGGAGGCAAAUGGUGCUGGACUGCAGCAGAAAGUGGCUACGGCCCUUGGAGGAAAUGCGCAAGUUAUGCCGACUGUGGGACCCAUGAUGAUACGUUUGGUUGUGGUCGUUGGUGCGGGAAACAAUGCGGAUGCAGCUGUUAG